ACUCGUAAUAGCGGUCGUAACAAUCUCACUUAUAGAUAGACCAGAAAUUGAUACUAGUUUAAUGACUACAUAAACAUAAAUGACAUUUGCCACAAUAGACCGACGAGUGUGUUUUGAAAGUUUGAAUUGGCUAUUUACGGAAUGGGUAAAUUGUUUUAUCCCGGGACCCGUUCUAUAGGACUCAAAAGAAUUUCGAUUCUAUCGCGUGGGAUUAUUUGUUUGCAAAAAUCAGCUCAACCGGAUGUGACGCCAGCGAGCGUUCCAAUAGUUCACAACGGGUGUCAAUAAAUUCCUUUAUACUGGAUCGUUUGAAAAUGAGCUGCUCAUAGAAUAAGGUGUGAGAGCUCGAGAGAGCGAAAAUAUCUCUAUAAUUUAUGUAAGCAUCAACCGGAUCGAUACACCGGCUAUAUAAAACGCAAAUCGCCGACUAUUUUUGUCACCAUUAUUAAGACAUUUUCAAGCAAUCGUGAUAAUUAUAUCUUAAAUUAUCCGUAAUAAAUUAAGAUAAGAAAUAUAAAUAAAAUAAAAAUUGUUCUGAAGGAAUUCUCAUAAUAAAGGCUUUGAUUUAGUCUUAUGUUUGUCGAAAAGAACAUUUUUGAAGUAGAAGAAAGUUAGAUAAAAUCAUUUUGCAAUGGAAGUACAAACAAUAUUAGCUCCAAAUACGGACACUGAAACUGUAAAGAGAAGAAUUGCCUUCCAAAAAAGUUUUAGUCAAGAGCAUGGAGGUUCAUGGCGUCGCAAAAGUCUUAUUGAAGACGCAAAAUUCGAAACUGCUGCAAACAUUGAAUUUGAAAAACAGGAAAGAAAAAGCCGUGGGGGUUCAAUAAGUGAAGAAGAAGAGGUAUUUUUGUCUCAGCAGAAUGGCGAAGUUAAAUCUCCCAUCGACAAAGAUGUUUCGAAACGCCAGUUUACAAUAAUGUUGUCACUUAAAGACGGCAUGAUGUCGUUAUCUAGAAUUAUUAGAGUGUUUGAGACGUCAAAAGUUGUAAUUGACCAUAUAGAAUCAAGAAAAGCAAAGAAGCUCGGAUCACAACACGAUAUUUUACUACAAUGUUUUGGAGUCAAGGACACGGUGACAGCCGUGAUGAACAGCAUUCGCCAAAAUAACUCAGUGUCAGAUAUUUGGUGUGAAAACGAGAAAUUGAUUUCUACACAAGAAGUAUGGUUUCCAAAACACAUAUCAGACCUAGACAAAUGUACACACAUAGUGACAAAGUUUGAACCAGAGCUUGAUUGCGAUCACCCGGGAUUUACUGACAAAGAGUACCGACGUAGGCGAAAAGAUAUUGCAGAUAUUGCCUUUGAUUAUAGAUAUGGCCAGACAAUACCUAGAGUAGAGUACGCUGCAUCUGAGAUAACAGCUUGGGGUCACGUGUACCGAGAGCUAAAGCAAUUGACUCCGAAACACGCAUGUCAAGAAUAUCUAGAUGUAUUUAAACUGCUGGAAGAUGAAUGUGGCUACUCGGAUAAAGCUAUUCCACAACUAGAAGAUGUAUCCAACUUUCUUAAAAGGAAAACUGGAUUUCAGCUGCGGCCUGUAUCAGGCUUACUGUCAGCCCGUGAUUUCCUGGCCAGCCUUGCUUUCCGUGUGUUCCAAUGUACACAAUACGUCAGGCAUCCUUCUAAGCCGGACCAUUCACCGGAACCAGACUGUGUACACGAGCUUCUAGGCCAUGUUCCCAUGCUUGCCGAUCCUGUUGUUGCCGAAUUCACACAAAAUAUAGGUCUAGCGUCUCUCGGAGCUUCAGAUGCUGACAUAGAAAAAUUUGCAACGAUGUACUGGUUCACUGUAGAAUUUGGACUGUGUAAACAGAAGGGCGACCUUAAAGCAUACGGUGCAGGCAUUUUGUCAUCGUACGGUGAAUUACAGCAUGCGUUAUCUGAUGCUCCAGAGAAACGACCUUUUGACCCCGAGAAAACAGCUGUCCAAUCUUAUACCGAUGAAGAUCUUCAGCCUUUGUACUUUAUUGCUGAAUCCUUUGAAGAUAUGAUGAAGAAAAUGAGAGAUUUUUCAAUGAAGAUCAAACGUCCGUGUGAAGUGCGAUACGAUCCAUUCACUAGCUCUGUCGUGGUACUGAAUGACAAGAAAGCCUUACAAAAUUUCGCACAAACUCUCACUCGUGAUGUGGAGCAGCUAGAACGUGCAAUGGCAGCUUUAUAAAACUUAAAUAUUGUUGAGAAAUUAAAAACGUUAUAUAGUAUAAACGACAAUGCAACAUAGUGUUUCACUAUUGGGAGAAAAAGAACUGUAUCAUUGAUUUGAUAUAUUUGUAAAAGUGCUUCUAAAAUGAUUUGUAAAGAAAGGACGAUGAGUAUUUUCUAAGAGCAAUACAAUUACAUGGCAUCUCAUACAAAACAAAAUUUUAUAUACUAUUAUAGCUGAUAAUAAACGUAUCA